AUGACAAGACUCGGAAGCUACGAUGUGCCGACGAUGGCGGUGCGCUCAGUGGCCGAGAGGCAUUCAAUACUCUACUGCCUAGUGUCUGUUCGCCACAGGGACCUUAUCGUGUAUGUACGCGCGCGUGGUGUAGGUCUCUGCGUGAUUGUGCACUACCACUGGCCUGGUUGGUCGGAACAGGGUAAUCCUAGCCAAAAGCUGGCAAACCGUCUCUCAUGCGUUGCUUGCACAAACCGCUCGCAUGUUUGUGGUCGAUCUCUCUACCAAAGAGGUUCCGCCUUUUCACCCAAGAACGUCCCCGUUGGCACAAGUCUCAGAAGCUCGAAAACGACAAGCAAACUCCACGGACCCUGUUUCAACCCAUGCUCUGAACGCAGCUCUGACACUCUUCAGAUCCCUACCUCGGCAAAAGACAAAGUCGUUGAUCUCUUUCAUCUGAACUUUGGCACUCGAGGUGAACGUAAGGUUGAGAGCUUUGGCCAAGGGCUGUGGUCUCCGCCAGAGGACUUUCCCAGUGUCAAGAAUAGUGAGGAGGUUGCCGGCCGUACGGUAUUGCUUCUUCGUGCGCAGCAGCGCAAGAGAGACCAUCCCUGGGGCAGGUUGCGAGCUGCCGCUGGCUGCCGUGUACCAUCAUCCGGCCUCCGCCAUCCAGGUGGUAGUCAAUCGGUUGGAAGUCGGGCAGAUGCAGGGCGCCGUCCGGCGUAUGAGAAACGAAGCGGUCAAGCUCACAACGGAGCCAGCCCCCCGGCCUUCAUGCUUGAGACAACGACCGUUAUUGGCAUUAUGGCAGUGCGGUCAGUGGGUGGGCGCGAGGGGACGGGUAUACCUCGUUCUCGACCCGCGUGCCAGACUCCCAGUCCCCCGAAGGCCGAUACCCUAGCCCCAGAUCCACGAUUGAUUGGCACUGCAAGGCGCAAGAGGGCAAACUCGACUGACAAGCUCUCUCGCGUCUCUUCUGCCCUGUCGAUAUUUGUCGGUCGGUCGGUUCUGGAAUUCCCCGUCAGACCCUGUUCGAGCUAG